CCCAAAUGGAUCAAAACCCUAUAAAAAAGAUCGCAUCUUUCUUCUUUCCUCUUGCCGCCGUCAGUCUCCUCUAGGGUUUCGAAGGAGGUAAGUAGGAUUUCCGCAGGCGAAGAAGAUGGUUCUCAAGACUGAGCUGUGUCGUUUCAGUGGUGCUAAGAUAUACCCGGGGAAGGGCAUUAGAUUUGUCCGAGCUGACUCCCAAGUCUUCCUGUUUUCAAACUCAAAAUGCAAGCGCUACUUUCACAAUCGCCUGAAGCCUGCCAAGCUUACCUGGACAGCAAUGUACAGGAAGCAGCACAAAAAGGAUAUUAGUGCUGAAGCUGUCAAAAAGAGGCGCCGUACUACCAAGAAGCCAUACUCAAGGUCGAUUGUUGGCGCUACUCUUGAGGUGAUUCAGAAGAGGAGAACUGAGAAGGCUGAGGUCCGUGAUGCUGCCAGAGAAGCAGCUUUACGUGAAAUCAAGGAGCGAAUCAAGAAGACAAAGGACGAGAAGAAAGCGAAGAAGGCUGAGCUUGUGGCUAAGACUCAGAAGACGCAAUCCAAGGGUGCCAGCAUGCCCAAGGGAGGCAAAGGCCCUAAACUUGGCGGCGGCGGUGGAAAGCGCUGAAGAGAUUUGACCCAUUUUCCUUCUUUUCAUUUCUGCCAUUUUGUAGUUCAUUAACGCUUUUAAGUUCGAUGGAUCUCUUCUGCAUUCGGAGAACAUUUUCUAGUAAUUUUGUUCAGUGUACUGUCAUCAUACUGUUUAAUACUUGAUUGUUUUGGUUGUUGAGGUGAUUUAGUUGUGCUAAACUAUGUUUUGUGGGAACAAGUUGCAUUAUGUUUUUCUGACGGUCUUUUCAUUCCC